CUCCUGCCACAAAUUAUCUUCAUCCCAACGCGAACGUACCUUUUCAGUACGCUCAAAGGCCUCGGGGUGAAAGGACUCGCGCUGCUCGGAUAGAUUCAGCAACCACGCGCGGUUUAAGGCCUCCGGUACCGGUGCUCGGUGAAGCCGAAUGCGGACGAAAACAGCCGUGCGUGUAUGGUAGCCGAUUUUUGGCGCCUUUAAUCCCACUUAAGCUGAACGUUACGGUGCGCGUAUACAAAAACAAAAAGGAAAAAAAGGCCCAGCUGAGGCCCACAACCGGUAGCCUACACUGUGCAUACCUUGUAUUGUCCGUUGUCCGUUCGGUCAUCUUCAUUGUACCGUCUUUUCGAGUUGUGCUUGUUUUUUCUACUUACCCUUUAUAACGCAGUGUGCAUUGUGCUGUGGCAAACGGUGGAAAAAGCGUGGCCCGGUUCUUUCAGUGGAAAAUUGAAUGUGGCGCGCAAAAAUUGUGCCGAUGAGCACUGGUGAAAACAGACGUGGCUGACGGGUACAAUAUCAAACCACACACACACACACACACACACACACGUGCGCAUACAUUUCUCCCUUAACGAAGUCCCGAACCGAGGCGGACGAAAUGUUUGGUAUUAAUUUGUUCAAUAGCGUGUUGACAGUUUUCGUAUUUGCACAAGCGUACCACUCCGUGCACAUAACGAACCUAAACGUACCGAAGACGUACGUCCUCGAUCGGAGCACUUACGAUGCGGCCGGUUCGGGCACACUGCCGACGGUACGGUACGGUGGCGAGCACGUUACCACCACAGGCCUGCCGAUGACAUCGACCACCGAGGAAGACACGCGCCCCGGCCUGCCGGUGCCUGCCGAAGCCCUCAACCUCACCGACGACGCCGGUCUGAAGCCACUCAUCAUGGACUGUCAGUACGAGAUUAAGGCACGCGAGUGUGGCUUCGUGCUCAAGUGGUACUUCAACAAGAAGCUCAUCUACCAGUGGAUUCCGUCCCGGACGCCGGUGGGCAUGAACCAGUUCAAGAACGAGCUGCAGACCAACUACUCGAUGUCCGAUUCCAUCAACUACAAGUACCGUGCCUUGGUGAUACGCAAUCCGAAGCUGAACCACAGCGGCGAGUACAUGUGCUCGGUGCAGACGUACGAUUCGUUCGAUCGGCGGAUGGCACGGUUUCAGAUUGUCGUGCCGGAAAACACGUUACUCCUGCACUACGAAAACGAUGGCGAAAGUGAAAGUAUGCUGCUAAUCAAGUGCAGCGCGUUCAUGAUAUAUCCCGAGCCGAACCUGCUACUGAUCGUUAGCGGCAAUCUGUUCCUGGUCAGCUCGCGCACACUGGUCACCGCCGAUGCAAACCACAUGUACAAUAAGACCGUUUACGGCAAAAUCGAUAAACAUUUGCUCAUCUCGCCGACCUCGAUCAGCUGUGUGCUGACCGUACCCGAUUCCGGUUACAUCCGCAAGCGCGAAACCAUCUAUUACGAUCCAACGCCGCUGACGAAAUGGAGUCGCUUACGGAUGGACGAACGGGGCCACUUUCAGCUACUGUCCGACGAUGGUGCAGGCCAAUUAAAUCCACUUGCCGGUUGGUUGAUUAGUUUAAUUGUAUUUCUACAGCGCGCUGUUCUCUGGCGACACGGCACGGAUUCAAUCAAAUAGGACCGGAUUCGUACUCGACACCCAUGCCGUAACCGUGUAUUUUGGAUUUCGUUUAGAUGAUUUGUUAUUCGUUCGAUAGAAAAAGAAGAAAAGGAGGGAGUCAGCGCGAUACUAGGCGGUAGGUGACAUGGA